ACACACACGCACACACAACACACCCUGUGCAUGGGUCCUCAAUAGUUUCUUUGUUCCGCGUGAUUUAUUUGCACAAACAGGCCGUGCACAGGUCAUAAAAAGUCUUCAACAAACGUGUUAGUAGGUAGUUAGUGUUUGGCGUCUUGAUCAUUAUCUGUUGCAGUGCAAAGUGAGAAUAAUGACAUUUCCAAUCAAGAAAAGUACGGGUUUCAAUUGUAUGCUAUUCUGAUUUCUGCUUCCUGGAUAUUUUACAUUCCAUUUCCGUAUAGAUCUUUUUAGAGGUGAUUUGCGUGGAUGCUGGUUACAAAAGAGGUGUUUACACAUUUAACAAACAAGACCAGGGAGCUAUUCAUUGGCAUUGUGUGGUAGUCUCUGUGCCAGAGUUAGCUGCGACUCAUCGACUAUUACAGCUCCGGAACACCCUGAAAUGUCGCGGCCAGUGAACUGAUCACGUGGUCCUGGACAGUAUGGGCAACUGUCUGGACGUCACUCCGGACCCACUCUCCAAGGGAGUGAAGGCAGGACACCUUCGUUCAAGUGGCGCCCACAGUCGAUCUGCGCCUUCGUUUGGUGGUUCCACCCAUUCUCUCUUGCGAACCAGCGCCUUCCCCCCCUAUAGUCUGCCUGGUCACUUGGUUCCAGCGUACGCUACCACCUCGGCCCCCAGCAUACCAUCCUUCUACCAGCCAGUUCACCCAUCCUUCUACCAGCCGAUGCACAUGCACUACCUCGACGACUUUUGGACCAAUGGAUUCACGUCUGACAAUUUCGAGGAAGUCAGACGUCACAAGAAAUAUCGAAAAGUUGGAGCGGACUCGAUCAUUGAAGACGUUACUGAGCGGCAAAACAAGGUCAACAGAAAAUAUCUUAACUCUGUCAUCAUUACUACUAGUCUGAACCCAAAUGAAGACGUCAUCAAGGGAGGUUCUCAAAUCAUAACCUCAGGCAAAGCCCCACUGAUUCAAAGUGGCGUCAUGUCUAAUAAGAAGACAGUAGUGACAUCUACAGUACCUGCGCCACCAAGGGCAGACAAGGUGGCUCAACCAAAGAACACAUUUGACACACUUCCACAACGAGGCUCUACAUAUAUCACCUACAUUGAAGACGACCCGAAACCCGCUCCGCCAGCAGACGAACUGAGCCAACAGGAAGCGGAAGUGCUUAGCGUCGAGUCCGGGUUCAAGGACAUAGCUGAUGAAGAGGACGGCGUUUUUAAGAUAUUUGUUGAUGACCACCCGAAAACUUCAGCCGCCGAUGCAACUAAAACAGCAGCAACGUCAUCAGGUUUAAGCCUGCAGUCCGUUCUAAUGAGUUACGGCGCAGCUCCGACGCUGUUUCGUCCUUCCGACGUUGUGUUGUGUUUUGGUUCACACGAGGCAGUGGCAGUUAAAAUUCAAAAAACUUUCGAGACAGCAGGAGUAAGCGUUUGUUUAUCCAAGUGCAGUCCCUUGAGUUCAAAAGGGGACAGCACUACCUCAGCGCAUGCAGUCAUUGAGUCAAAAGUCAUGGUUGUGCUUCUCAGUCUGGAGUCCAUCAAGAUGAGGUCAUUGAGAGACCAGGUAUGUCUGGCUCAUGUCUCGGAGACUUCUGUGUUUCCAGUCACUCUGGACCAAUCUCUGGACAUUAUUACCAGCAUGGACAUGGGCCUAAAACUGCAGUUGAGUUCUUACAAGUGGACAGAACUUCACAACGGGGGUUUCUUUGACCUAACCAUGUCCAAGUUAGUACGCAGUGUUCGUGACGAGGUCAACAUAAUCCGUGGGUUUGAGAUUAUUGACGAGGAUUACGGUCAGGUGAGUUCAAUGGCCUCCAGACAAAACAAAAGCAUAAAGCAGCAGCUGCUGACACGUUCUGUUGACCUGAUAACACACGCGACUGCUUGGGACUACUGGCUGGCUCAUUAUGCAGAUCAGACUGAGGCCUCCUGGGAUAGAUUCUUAAGAGACAUUCAUGCUAGUUACCAUGAACUCUUGACCUGCAGUAUUCCAAAGUCAACCAAUAGUCACUUCAAUAAAGCACUGAAGAGAGAACUUUUGGAUACUGCUAGUGGAAUGGUGCAUAAAAGUACAUUUAUAGAGUUCUGCAAAGAACUGGGGACAGACAGAGAUGUCUGGGAAAAACUUCAUACAGUGGCCAGGGAAACUCAGGCCAGUUUGGAUAUUUUUAGUCCAGAAUCAAGUGUUCGUGCAGCAGCUUUGAAUAAACUUGGUAAACUGUUUAACCCUUACCUGACUGAUGUGGUCAGAGAGUUGCUUAAAGACAAAGAUCCCGUCGUCCGAGCAGUGUCAGCAGUGGCACUGUCACAGUACGCCAUGCCAGAUGAUCGCGUGACCCACGCCGCCAUACUGACCACACUUGAUGACCUGAACAGCCUGGUCAGAGAGGCGGGAUGCAAGGCUGCUUGUCACCUCAACAGUCACCAGGCCCUCGAGAAACUGCAUUUAUUGUCACUCACAGACAGUUCGGACAAGGUCAGAGAGGCAGCGACACAAGCAAUUAAAGAGAUUAGAGAGCAUUAAAGAGAAUGAAGAGAAGUUUCGACUUACAGACGACACCGUUAUACUUAUAGAUGGCUGAUGACUGCACAUGUGUUCGCCCUUUCCCGUCAGUAUCUUUCAACCAAGACACAUCAACAUAAUGAUCAACAUAUUGGCCAAGAUAUUGAACAACAUCUAGAUACAACAUGUUGACCAAGAUACUGAACAACAAAAUGACCCAUAUAAUGAUCAAGAUAAUUUCCAACAUUGUGACGAAGAUAAUCAACAACAUAAUAAUCAUGAUAAUGAACAAUAUAAUGACAGAUGUAUCUACCAGCACAAAGCAAACAAUCGCACUAAAUACAUUUUUGCUGCACAUAUUUUCAAGGUAACGAAUACAGGAAUUCCCUUAAUGGAAACUCUGUUGUAAUUAUCAAUGGUAUUUUUUCAUUUAAAAGCUGUGUAAUGAAUAUAUAGGGUAGUGUGUAGUCCCCGGAAGUACAUUUAAUAAACACAAGUAAAUCAGAUUGAAAAAAACUGAGAUAACUAAAUGCAAUAUUUUACUUCAUUUUGAAACGCCUUCUCCUUUCACCUGUUAUAAGACUGUUAUAAGAAUUUUAAAUAAUGACAUAAUUUUGCUUCCCUAUGUCGCACAAGAAACUUUUAAUUAUUGACUAAGUCUUAUAAAUAACUCUUAGUCAUUUAAAAAAUUAAAGAGAAAUGAUCUCCACAGUGUUCUGUAUAUUAUUUCCCCUAAACAUUGCUUUUGACCCUCGAUUUCAAUAAUGUUAUCCUAAUAAAUUGUUAUCUUUGCUUUAAAGUGUAUCAUUAGAGACUCUUGAGUUCUAAGAGAAUAUCACUAUGGCUGUCUUGACAUUUGUAUUUUACUUAUAUGUAAAUAUAUGGCCUCCUUCAGUUCGUCGAAAAGGUGGCCUCCCGUAUUCAACUUAUUCUAUAAGCUGGUGGACUCUAAAUCGAGUUUUAAUUCACAUAUCAUUAUAGUUUGGAAAGUUUUAUCUCUAUGCUGCCAUGUGGCAGUUUAAAAAAUAUGCUUAAUCUAUUUAUAUAAGUUCAUAUGCAUAACUUCAAUUUGGUUUACAUAAACAUGCAUAAACUUUAUUAUAAUAAAGGAACCUAGCGUUGAUGUUUUAUUGUAUUACAUGCUGUUGAAAGCACUAAACGUUGCGUUGUAAUGUCAUUAAACUAUUUAAUCACAGUGAA